AUGGCAGGCAGCGUACCAGCACAGGAAUAUCAGGCGGCUGGGGUCAACAAGGACGAUGUUUUGAUUCCUAUGAUCAGUUUCGCCCCGUUUCUCUCGGGAACGCCAGCCGAGAAACACUCUGUUGCAGUAUUGGUAACCAAGGCCUUCCAGAACUCCGGGUUCCUCUAUCUCAAAGACCAUGGGAUCCCCCCAUCUGCGGUGUCGGUCAUCUUCAAAUCGUCCGCGCUAUUCUUUGCCCGGCCACAGACAGAGAAGGACAGCCUGAGCUGGACGACUCCACAGUCGAACCGUGGAUACGUCGGACACGGACGGGAGAAGUUGACGCUGCCAGAAGAAACGGGAGGCAUUGACGAGCUGCGGGUGUCGAUCCCAGACCUAAAGGAGACGAUGGAGAUCGGCCGGGACGGUGUCGACGGGCUACCGAACCGCUGGCCCGACCAUCUCGACGAUGAAGGGAAGGAGUUCAAGGUGGUCAUGCAGUCGUUCUUUGAGCAGUGUAAGAGCCUCCAUACUCAGAUCAUGCGGGCCAUCGCCAUGGGUAUGAACCUCCCCGAGCACUUCUUCGACGAGUUUGUCGAUGUAGGCGACAAUAACCUUCGCCUGCUGCAUUACCCACCCGUCAGCAAAGCUGUAUUUGCGCAGAACCCAGGCCAGGUGCGGGCCGGCGAGCACAGCGACUAUGGCUCCAUCACGCUUCUCUUCCAGGACAAUCGGGGCGGGCUGCAGGUGCGCAGCCCGAAGGGAACUUUUGUCGACGUGACGCCCAUCGCCGACACGAUCGUGGUUAAUGCCGGGGACCUGCUGGCGCGGUGGUCAAACGAUACCAUCAAAAGUACCCGCCAUAGGGUGAUCGAGCCGCCGGCUACUGUAGAUCAUGAUGACUCCGAUAUGUAUCCAGCUCGGUACAGCAUUGCGUAUUUCUGCAACCCGAACCAGAACAAGUUCAUCGACGCCUUGCCUGGUACCUAUGGGGAGCAGAUGCAUGUCCCCAAAAAGUACGAUGGUAUCAAAGCUGGAGAUUAUCUAGUGCAGAGGCUGGCAGCAACUACUACUGUUUAA